AAGGUGGUGGUGGGGAAGCCGAAGAGGAUUGGUCCCCCCACCCACCUGCCCAAGAAAAAUGGUCCACAUGGUGGUAAAUUUGGGAUAUUGAGAGAGAGGGACGGAGGAUGAAGGCGACUAAAAUAAUGGGGGAAACGGUAGGUGCAGAGAUCUAGAGACUUGAGCAGCGAUGAAAAUGGAAUAAAGCUUGAGCUUCAAGGCUUUUCUAUGACUCCCUCAUGACCCGGAAUUGUUCACACAACUAUAUACUUUUAUAGGAGGCGCCUACUCUUAUUUUUGCAGGAAUGUCAGAAGGACUGAAGGAGGUGAGUGUUGGUGCUUUGCUGGUUUAAACUUUAAACAGCAGGUUUCAAAAAGUAAGGUACUCUUGAUUUGAAGCGGGUUUUAGGUUUUCCUUAAUUGCUUUAGUUAUGGAAGUUUGCUCUGUUCUUGAAGUGGAUGUAAAUGGACAAGAAACCUUCCUGGUGGACAAGUGGGUCUAAUUUGCAGGAUAUCGUUGCUCAGUAUUCGGGUAAAUUCUCGAAACUAUUUGGCAAAUCUAGUAGCGGCAGCACCAGAAAGCUUAAAGUAAUAUUCCAUGACUUUCCAGGAGGUGCAGAAGGUUUUGAGCUCAUGUUAAGAUUCUGUUAUGGUAACGGAAAAACUGACAUAACUCCUUCCAAUUUGGUCCUCGCUCAUUGUGCUGCUGAAUUCAUGGAAAUGAAAGAAUCUGUGGCUGGGCUUUCUAAUUUAUCGGCGCAAACUGAAAAAUUGCUCCCGGAGACUAGCUAUUGGACAUGGUCGGACCUUUUGAUUGCCUUGAAGCAGUGCCAGAAUAUAGAGUCAGUCUCAGAUUCUUCAUCGAUGCUAGGAAAAUGUUUGGAUUCACUUGUUGGGAGGCUGGUUUUAGGCUGUGAAGCAAGUCCAUGUCCAUCUACUUGUUCUCCAGACAGUUCUGGGCUUCGGUUUUCAUGCGACUCUAAAAGCACUGAGAGUAUCAAGACAAAUUUCUCUCAUUCAACAUGGUGGUUUGAUGAUCUAGUAUUUUUGAGUCCCCCGAACAUUGAAAAGUUGGUGCAAUCAAUGCUUGUAAGAAAAUUGGACCAAGUUGUGAUAAGUAGGUUUCUGUUGUUCUAUCAAAAGGCCAAGUUUUCGACUGCUGCAACUGAGGCAAAGCGUAAAAUUAUAGAAAUGAUCAUAGAUAUGCAUCGCAAUAUGGAUCAGAGCUGUGUUUCCUGCAAGACCUUGUUUGGGAUUCUCCGACUUACAUUAGGUUUGAACAUAAGCAAAUGCAGCAGGAAUAAGUUGGAGAACAUGAUUGGUUCCCAGUUGGAUCAGGCGACCUUGGAUAAUUUGCUUGUUCCUUCUCCUUAUGGAAUAAGCUACUUAUACGAUGUGAAUCUCAUUCUGAGAUUUUUGAAAGCGUUCCUAGGACAAGGGAAAACCAGUCUGAUAACUCCUAUUCGAAUGAAGAAAGUUGCCAUCUUGGUAGAUUUGUAUAUAGCAGAAAUAGCCCCUGAUCCUUGUUUGAAACCUUCCAAGUUCAUGGCACUUGCCACCGCACUGCCUGAUUAUGCGAGAGAUUCAUAUGACGAACUCUACCAUGCAAUGGACAUGUAUCUAAAGGUUCACGCUGGAUUGUGUGAAGAAGAGAGGGUGAAGAUAAGUUGUGGUUUAAAUUAUGAGAAGCUUUCAGCUGAGGCUUGCCUACACCUUUCUCGGAACACGAAUUUUCCUUCAAAUUCUGCUGUUCAAGCUCUCAUAUCUCAGCAAUCCAAGCUCAGUAACUUGCUCCAGGGUACUCCAACUACUCCAAGUUCAACUUCUUUCACCGAUUCGCCUGGUAGUUCCAGUGAUGCUGGUAAAAAGGGAAGGAAAGGCAAAACCAGCGAGCAGGUUGUGCUGUAUUCUGGGAAAUUUGAUGUUUCAGCUGAUAAUGAGAACCUCAGAGCACAUUUGCAAGGAAUGCAAUGGAGAGUUAUGGAACUGGAGAAAAUCUGUAAGAAGAUGCAAACCCAGAUGGCAAAAAUAUCAAAAUCAAGAGCAUCCGGGAACAGUUACGCACUAUCCUUGCCCAAGCUCUGUUCGUGACAGAGAUUUUGGGGAUCGAAUUGUUCUUCUAACUCAAAAUAUGCAAUUUGUACAGCAGAGAAAUGAAGUUUGUGUUUGUUGAUGCAUCUUUCCUGCUCAACUGAAGUCGUUUGAGUAUAUAAUCAUGUUUACGUGGAGAAUCUCUCCUGAUUGUACAGCCAUGAAA